ACGCCCUCUCGUCUCGCAGCAAUUAAAAAUAACCUAAUCUUCUCUCAUUGGAUGUGUUCGGCUCCGAUUGCCUCGGGGUAUCUUCCGUCGAAGCUGGAUCGGGCUUUACACCGGCCGAGGCAAUGCAAUCCCCCUUCUUUCCAUCCUUCUAACGCAUUGCCCGGCCAUUCCGAAAUUUGAAGGAAAAAGAAGAAAAAAGAGCAAAUUAAAUCUAAGAGGAGGAUUGGUUCUCUCCAUCAAGAUUCUGUCAGCGAGGCCAAAGAGAAUUAUUCAGAAUGAUGAUAACAUUCUUUUCGAGCGAGAUGGAAUAGGCAUGAGAGGGGGGCUCGUCGUCAGCUUCCAGUUUGACACCUUGUUCAACAUUUGCUUCCUAAGCAUCUGUCCCCGUUAAAAGAACUCGUUUUGGCAAUUUGAAGGUCAGGGUCUUACGUUGGGGUCACCAGGGAUCGUCGGAGUGGGCCCUGAGGGUUACGGCCGAUACACCCGUUGGGCCCCCGCGACAUGGCGACCAAGAUGAAGGGCCUCUUGAAGGGCCUCCGUUACAUCUCACAGAUUUUCGACACGGAUACGAAGGAGCAGGAGAUGCAGAUCGGAUACCCCACGGACGUCAAGCACGUGGCCCAUAUCGGGUGGGACGGCCCUUCCGUAAAUGCCCCCAGCUGGAUGAGCGAGUUCCGGUCGUCUUCGGCCCCCCUCAGUGGAAACGAGGCCGGCGCCCCGCCUAAAAAUCCCUCCUCAGAGUUCGGCGGAGCACGGGACUCUGCGGCGAGGGGGCUGCAGGAGUUGUUGGCGCCGCGACCGUCGCGGCGCAACGCCUCGUCCGGGGGAUCCAGCGUCGACUCGCCGCGGCAGUCGCGGCGCCAUCAGUCGUCCAGCUCCACCGCCAUCGACUCCCCGGUGCGCGAGCCCUUGGAGGGGUGGCGUCACAGCCGGAGGCACCGGAGCAGCGCCGGGCUCAGGCAGGAGAGCGCCUCCGGGAGCGGUGGCGGAUCGGAGUCUCAGGAGGGCUGUGCGGCGGUGCCGAAGCGGGAUCGCCCCCGUCGGAAGACCAAGGGGUCCUCUUCUGGCGGCGGCUCCGUCAGGUCGACGUCCCGAUCGAAAGCCGUCGCCUCGGAAUCCGAGGGCGUUGUCGAGAGCCAGAGCUCCUAUUCCGUCCCGUCCUUGAAGACCACGACAGAGGAGGAAGGGUUCUGAUGCGAUCCCCAGCGGAGGACAGAGAGAGCAGAGGAGAGCUGUCUGCUGUCGUGACUUUCCAUCACGACCGGUACAAAGAUAUUCCGUGGACCGCUUGAUUUCCAGUGAUUUGGCGUUGUUGAGUUGCUCUAGCGACCCCGGAGUCCAGAUCGAUGACGGAUCACCGUCCGAAUGGUAUUCCCCAAAGGAUGGUUCUUACGAACAUUUUUCUUGAAUCAAUAAAUGACAUGAAGAGAGAAAUGCAAAAAUGCCUCUUAUAGACCAGUAUAAGAAUCAGUGUGAGCGCUCUCUUUCAAAUGCUUCUCAUUUUGUAUCAGAAAUGUUUUUUCCUUGGGGAAAAGCUGGCUACUCAGCCAAUCCAAGCCGUUUGUACCUAAGUCAUAUUAAUAUAUAACACGAUGUAAAAUGCUUUCCAUAUAUAACACGCCAUCCUUAUUCCUCUCA